AUGGUAGCUAUUUUGAUUUAUGUCAUUUCAGCUCAGCGUCACACUCUUCCCUUUCGAAGUAUCUACCAUGAACCCGUCGCUGUGUCUUAUACCAUCCCUAGCCCGGCCUUCGAUGUCAUGGAUCUUGGUUUUACAUCCACGCGACAGCCUUCUUCGGCGCCAUUUUCUAUAGCCAGCACAGCAGCCAGUGACACUUUAGCGGUUGCCAGCGCCGCCAGUGUUCUCAUUGCCACCGCAAAUAUUGGUGGAGGAGGGCUUGGUAGUAGUGCUCGAGCCCUUGCUUCCAGCUGUACAGCCCAGAAUGGCUCAGAUUUAAAAGUGAUAUGUUCCAAAGAAUCGCCGGACGGGUUUGUGCUAUCCUCUAACACGGUGGAGGCGAUGCUGGUUAAAAAUGAUCAAUCGUCCCCUAUGCAUCCAUCCUCGGAGUCUCCAGUCUCUCUUGCCGGAACUCCAGAGCCCAGCCGAGUCACUCCAGUCUGGUGGGGCCGUAAUAAGCAUCCAGUCGAGGCAGUUAUGUCUGCCAUAGGAACUGAGUUUUCUAGCCUAACAUUAAGUGACUCCCAACUGAAAAGGCAUAAUCAUCAACGGAGGCAAGAAAAACAGCCUCCUCAGCAGUCAAUUCGAGCAACCGAGGUUCUGGAUGGUAGGAGCACAGAAGACCGAGAUUUUAGUGAGGAUUAA